GGGGUGCCCUCUAGGCGGAAACUAAAAGUACCGGUACCACGUGAGAUUACUUCUUCUGCAUUUUACUUUUCAUCGAGCAUUGGUUUUUAGUCAAGGAAAAGAUAAUAUUAGUCACAAAAUAUAGAAAUUCUUCGUACGUUUGAUUCCUCAGUGAAGUGAUUAGAAAAUUAAUCGCCGAGAGGGUAGAUCAUUGAUAUUUCCACAUAUUUUAUUAUUAUUGUAUUAUAUUAUUAAAAUGGAUGAAGUUAACCCAAAAGCUUAUCCAUUGGCAGACGCAGCUCUAACCGCAAAAAUUUUAAAUCUUGUUAAACAAGCUGUAGAUUAUCAGCAAUUACGAAAGGGUGCAAACGAAGCGGCCAAAACUUUGAAUCGUGGACUUUCUGAAUUUAUAGUAAUGGCUGCGGAUGCUACGCCUUUAGAAAUUCUCUUACAUUUACCAUUGUUGUGCGAAGACAAAAAUGUACCUUACGUAUUCGUUCGCAGUAAACAAGCAUUAGGUCGUGCUUGUGGAGUAUCUAGACCUGUUGUAGCAUGUUCUGUUACACUUAACGAAGGCUCACAAUUAAAGCCACAAAUUGAAGCUAUACAACAACAAAUAGAACGUUUAUUGAUUUAAAUAAUGUAUAUAUUUUAACUGUACAAUCAUAUUCCGACGCACCUGUUCAAAACUACUAUUUUUGUCACAUGUGCGUCAUCUGUAUGUCUGAUCCAAUUAAUAAUUAUUAAUCGUAUUAAAAUUUUUUCAACAAAUAACA